AUGGCGGACGAAAUGGAUGUUGAUGACCUUUUGCGUGCCUUGGCCUCCAUGGGCUUUGAACUUGAAGACUGCCAGAUGGCUCUAGAGGCAGGCAAUACCACUUUGGAAUCUGCAGUAGAGUGGUUGGUGGUAAGAAGAUCAAAUCCAAGUAAUUGUGUUUCUAAUCCUGGUCCUGAGGCAACAGUGGAACCCAAGGUUUCUCGUGAAGAAGUAUCUAGUGCACCUAGUGAUAAGAUUCAGGCGUCGUCCAAUUUGUCAAGCCGUUAUACAGUGAGUGAGGAACAUCAGAAAUCCAAGGAACAGUUUAUGGAAAAGGAGAGAGAAACUGCCAGGUUGGAAGCCAAGAGGAGAAAAUUAAUGGAGAAAAAAGCACGUCAGGAAGUUCUUCAGCAAAUAGCUGCUGACAAAGCCAAUAGGCGUGAUAAAAAACCAAAACCACCUGCACACUUUGCAAUGAUUCAGGCAACAGAUAAAAGCAGGGAGCCUGGUGAAAGCUCAAAAGAAAACAAACAAUGUUUGAUUCAGAUAAGAAGUCCAUCUGGUCAAGUGCAAAGGCAGACAUUUCCAUCAGAUGCCAAACUCCAAGAUGUUGUGACAUUUAUUUGUAGCCAGUACCACCUAGAUUCUACCGGCUUUGAACUUUUGCAGCCAUUUCCUCACAGGUUGUUUAAGGCCACAGAAAUGGAUUCCACAUUAGUUGACCUUGGACUUAGUCUGGGUGGAUCACUUGUGGUGAAGAAGACGGAUCCUUCUCAGCCGUCUUCCACAUCUGGUGGGGGACCUGCCAAAGUAAAUCCUAGAAAUGCAUCUGAAGCAACACCACGCACUGGAAAUGGACUUGAAGAUAUUAACAGACUGCCAUCAGACUCUGAUCAUGACAGGCAAGACGCCAACUGCUCCCAUGGAAAUGGCAAUAGAGUUGAAAUUAAUAAUGUUGACGAUGACAGACAGUACGUGGCUCCUCCAUUAUUUGACAGAAGUCCUCCUCCAGAAUUAGAUGAUGCCAUCAGAGCACCUUUACAAGGAAUGAAUCCAAAUGUCCUUGGUAUUGGAGGGAUGCAGAAUUUCCUUGUGAGAGGUGGUGGUGGUGUUGGUCAUAUGUGGGGAGAGGGGGUGAAGCUUGGUGCUGUGGAACAUAAUCCACAUUCUAUUGAUCCAGUGUUAAGAGCGCAUACCCCAGGAGAGUCUGCUGCUAAGAGGUUGGAGAUGAGACAACAACAUCAGAUUCAGCCAGAAGCAGGUCCCAGUAGGGUAAGUCAUGAGGAAUUGCCACUUCUACACCGUGACGUUCAGCGUCUGGAAGACUUGUGUAUCAACCAUAUCAGCCACCGUCUUCCUGGACAUCAGAGCCCCCUUACAUCUCUUGGCAUGUUGCCGCUUGGUCUGUGUGAUAAGAUUAUGACUCAUUUGAUGAAAAUCAAAGCUCUUACACCUAAGGCAAUGCAGGCUUUCAUAUCCUGUGGGCUGAGGCAUGUGAAACUAGAUUGCUAUUCACUGGUGACAAAUGAACUCCUCAUAGCGCUCAGACUACACAGAAAUCUAACCCAUCUCAGCUUGAAAGCUUGUCCUCUUAUAACAGACAAAGCAUUGGAGGCCGUUUCAGUUCUCAAGAGGUUGAAAUCCCUUAAUCUUAGCCAGUGCCCUCAGCUCACAGACAAGUGCUUUUUCCACAUUAAAGGACUUUCUUCACUUGUUACACUACAGAUGGACAUGACAAAAAUAACUGACAGAGGUGUUUGCCAUUUUCUGGAGAAUGCUGCAUCCUGUCCCAACAUAGUUAAUUUAAGUCUUUCUGGCACAGCCAUCACAGAUAACAGCCUAGCUGCCAUGUCUGGUCUCAAAGCUCUCAAGAUUCUUGCUCUUAGUAAUACAAAGAUCUCAUCUCUAGAAAUUGUUCAACACUUGCCUCAGUUGGAGAAUCUGAAUAUUUCACACUGUACAACAUUACAUGAUGACAGUUUGGCAGCUCUGGAAAAUCAUCCAUCACUUCUGUCUCUCAAUUUGCUCUCAACAAAUAUCUCCAAUAAUGGACUCAGUCAUUUGCAAGGUCUGAAGUUGUCAACAUUAAAACUACCAAACAGAUUGACUAUUACAGAUGAAGGGCUGUGCAAUCUUCAAGGCCUCUCAUUAGUAUCACUUGACCUGUCAGAUUACAUUCAUGUUACAGACCUUGGUGUCCGCUCAAUUGCAAACAUGACAAGACUGACACAGUUGUUACUCAGCAACACCAAACUUACAGAUGAUGGAAUGAAAAGUCUAGCAGCUCUGAGGGAACUUGAAGAACUUUCUGUGGAUAGAACAGUAAUAACUGAUGAAGGAUGUACGGUUCUGCCAAAUUUCCAACAACUUAGGAUUCUUGGUUUGUCGUCUACAAGAAUAAGCAACAAGCUUCUUUUAAAUGGAACUUUGAAUCACUGCAAGGUUCUUUCAAAAUUAAACCUGAGUAGAACCAGAGUGUCUAACAAAAGAUUAUCCAGCCUUGUUCUGCCAUUACUGAGUCAACUUAACCUAGAUUGGACAAGAGUGACAAGUGAUUGCCUCACACUUCUCACAGGUUGUCCUUCACUGAAAGCCUUGAGAACAAACAAUUGCACUCCUCCGUCACCAGAUUCUGAAGAUUCAGAUGAUGAGCAGGAACAACGAUAA